AUGGCCGGUUGGAAGGCAAAUUGCAUCAACUUAUUUGUUCUCGCAGUUAUCUUUGUUUCAGGAGAAAAAGUGGCUAAGCAUAACAGCUGCAAGAAGGUCUUGGGGCAAGAAGCAAGUUCUCUUACUGUUGCGCAAAUAAGCAAUGUCUCGUCGAAGGUACGUUUCGAAAUCUGCGCCGAUGAGGGCGGCGUAAUAUACUAUUGUCCAGGUGAUGAAAUAUGUUGCACACCAGGGGAUCCAUUAAGUAAAUGUUGCCCAGCAGAAAAACCGCUUUGCUUACCCGUGGAAAACCCAGAAAGAUGCUGCCCAGUAGGAUAUCCAAUACUUUGUGGGUUAUACUGUUGCGAGGAAGGCAGCUUCUGCUGCAACGAGAAAACCUGCUGUGAAAAUGAAGGCGCUUGCUGCGGGGCCCAGUGUUGUGAGGAUGGUGAAUUUUGCUGCAGUGGCGUAAGCUGUUGUGAUAGUGGAGACAGCUGUUGUGGGGUUAAGUGUUGCGAUGUUGGCGAAUUUUGCUGCAAUGGCAUAAACUGUUGUGAUAGUGUAGAUGCCUGUUGUGGGGCUCAGUGCUGCCCAGAAGAUGCCCCUUGCUGUAAGCAGGAUGAAUCCUCAGCAUGCUGCGACAAAGUUACCAUGGGCUGUUGUGACGGAUACGGGUGUGUUACUCCAUGCCCAUCCCAGUUUGAUGCCAUAGGAUGCCAACUGUCAAGCCUGUCCCUUGAUGAUAAACUGUUGGAAGCACCAUACGGAUUGCCAACGAACGUUUAUCGACUACUGCGCCCUAACGAGAAUCCUGAUGGAAUUGUUGCAAAAAAUCCGGGUGCCCAGAAAAGUGUUCUGUCUCAUGUUAACUGCGGAAGUCGCCCGAAAUACGCUUCGCAGUUUAUAUCAACAUCAGCAUCCUUAGACGUGGCAAAGGACUACAAAAAAAAAAGGCGAGGAAAAAGGUAUAACCGGAUUGAGAAUUUGUGA